AUAAUAUAUACUUUAUAUUGCCCAAAGUAGUGGCCCCGCCCUCCCAAUCAUUGGAUUCAGGUGUUCCAAUCCCCUCCAUGGAUACAGGUGUAUACAAUCCAUCCCCUAGGCAUGCAGACUGCUUCUACAAACAUUGGUGAAAGAAUGGGUCGCUCUCAGGAGCUCAGUGACUCCAAGCGUGGUCCCGUGAUAGGUGGCCACCUGGGCAAUAAGUCCAUCCAUGACAUUUCCUGGCUACUAAAUAUUCCACGCUCAACUGUUAGUGGGAUUAUAACAAAGUGGAAGCAACUGGGAACAACAGCCACUCAGCCACCAAGUGGUAGGCCACGUCACAUGACAGGGCGGGGUCAGCGCAUGCUGAAGCACACAGUGCGCAGAAGUCACCAACUGUCUGCAGAGUCAAUAGCUAAAGACCUCCAAACUUGAUGUGGCCUUCAGAUGAGCCCAACAACAGUGCGUAAAGAGCUUCAUGGAAAUGGGUUUCCAUGGCCGAGCAGCUGCAUCCAAGCCUUCCAUCACCAAGUGCAAUGCAAAGCGUCGGAGGCCGUGGUGUAAAGCAUGCCGCCACUGGACUCUAG